ACUUCUUACGACGUCUGAAAUUGCGUCGCAAACCAUUCGAUUAGAGAACUACAUUUCCCAAGACAUCUUUCAGCCGGCCCUGCUGAGAUUGGCUAGUAAGUGCGUGACAUCAUCUGUUUUGACUCUGAGAGGUCACAUGUUUGGGGUCUUCUUUGUUUAGAGUUGAGCUCGAACUUGAAAAAGACAAAAAGAGCGAGCGGCGAGCGGGCUAAGGAGAAGGAAGCAAGAGGCUUGCUGCUGGCUACUCUAAUUCCAGGAAAAAGCAUCAGACAGCACCAAGAGGAUAUUCAUCACAUCUAUUCUCCAUGAUUGCAUGAACAGUUGAUGUAACCAUGGUACUAAUACUGGGGCGCAGAUUGAACAGAGGGGAUGGUCGGGUCCAAGAAUCCCCACUCACCAAGCGUAAAGUUUUUGAAAUGGACCCAAAAUCUUUAUCAGGCCAUGAGUUCUUUGAUUUUUCUUCUGGAUCAUCCCAUGCUGAAAGCAUACUUCAGAUCUUCAAUGAAUUUCGUGACAGUCGCUUGUUCACAGAUGUAAUAAUCUGUGUUGAAGGUAAAGAAUUUCCCUGUCAUCGUGCUGUUCUUUCAGCUUGCAGCAGCUACUUCAGAGCUAUGUUUUGCAAUGAUCACAGAGAAAGUCGGGAGAUGUUGGUAGAAAUUAAUGGAAUUUUUGCUGAAGCCAUGGAUUGCUUUUUACAAUAUGUAUAUACAGGCAAAGUAAAAAUCACCACAGAUAAUGUGCAGUACCUGUUUGAAACAUCAAGUCUCUUUCAAAUAAGCGUUUUGCGUGAUGCAUGUGCUAAGUUCCUAGAAGAGCAGCUAGAUCCUUGUAACUGUCUAGGAAUUCAACGUUUUGCUGAUACACACUCUCUAAAAACACUCUUUACAAAAUGCAAAACUUUUGCACUGCAAAAUUUUGAGGAUGUGGCCCAGCAUGAAGAAUUUCUUGAGCUUGGAAAAGAUGAACUUAUUGAUUACAUUUGCAGUGAUGAACUGGUAAUAAGCAAAGAGGAGAUGGUGUUUGAAGCAGUUAUGCACUGGGUUUACCGGGCUGUGGAAUCCAGGCGCUCAGUUCUACAAGAAAUUCUCACACAUGUGAGACUGCCUUUGUUACAUCCUAACUACUUUGUUCAGACAGUGGAAGUAGAUCAGUUGAUUCAAAACUCACCUGAAUGUUACCAAUUGUUGCAUGAAGCAAGAAGGUACCAUGUCCUUGGAAAUGAAAUGAUGUCUCCAAGAACUAGACCACGAAGAUCAACUGGCUACUCUGAAGUUAUAAUUGUUGUUGGAGGUUGUGAACGUGUUGGGGGAUUUAAUUUGCCAUAUACAGAAUGUUAUGACCCAAUGACAGGAGAGUGGAAAUCCCUGGCAAAAUUACCAGAAUUUACAAAAUCGGAGUAUGCAGUUUGUGCUUUAAGGAAUGACAUCCUUGUUUCAGGAGGAAGAAUCAAUAGCCGUGAUGUAUGGAUUUAUAAUUCUCAACUUAAUAUUUGGAUCAGAGUCGCUUCUCUAAAUAAAGGGAGGUGGCGUCAUAAAAUGUCUGUCCUCCUUGGUAAGGUGUAUGUGGUUGGAGGAUAUGAUGGGCAAAAUCGGCUGAGUAGUGUGGAGUGUUAUGACUCUUUUUCCAAUCGAUGGACAGAGGUAGCUUCACUUAAAGAAGCUGUCAGUUCUCCAGCAGUUACCAGCUGUGUGGGAAAACUGUUUGUGAUUGGUGGAGGUCCAGAUGAUAACACAUGCUCUGAUAAGGUUCAGUCGUAUGAUCCUGAUACUAAUUCUUGGCUCCUUCGUGCAACAAUCCCCAUUGCGAAGAGAUGUAUUACAGCUGUAUCAUUAAACAAUCUCAUUUAUGUUGCUGGGGGACUCACAAAAGCGAUAUAUUGCUACGAUCCAGUUGAAGAUUAUUGGAUGCAUGUGCAGAACACAUUUAGCAGACAGGAAAACUGUGGCAUGUCUGUCUGUAAUGGGAAAAUCUAUAUCCUUGGUGGGAGAAGAGAAAAUGGAGAAGCCACAGAUACUAUUCUUUGUUAUGAUCCUGCAACAAGUAUCAUUACAGGAGUCGCUGCCAUGCCCAGACCUGUAUCAUACCAUGGCUGUGUGACUAUUCACCGAUACAAUGAUAAGAAGAAUUUUUGAAUAAGAAAUCAUAUUACUGCCAGAAUUUGUAAGAUUCAUUUUAAGAACAGGAAAGCAGCCUUUUCCAAAGUGUCAUCUGGAAAGAAAAUACUGUUGCGUUUAAAGUCUUGAUUGUUAAAUAUUUCCCAUAGUUAUUUCUAACUUCUUCUGAAAUCAUUAACAGUGGAUGUUACUAAAUGGAUCAUGUUCAUGUCCAUAUUGUAUUUUUUCAAGUUUAUUUCAAAUAGAUUUACCUGCAUUUUUCAUAUUUUUAAUGUGAUAAGUACUGUUUACUGUCAAUGUGAAAAAUUUAGUUUAUAUAUGUUUUAUGUGUAAAUGGUUUAAUAUUUGCCUUUUAUUUUCUUUCAAUUAAUUGAAUUUAUAGCACAACUAUUACAAUAAUUUUUAAAAUAUUUGAAAAUAAUAUAAGCCUAUGUUGUCUUGCAUCAUCAUAAAAUAAUUUUUUAUCAGAAAGCAUAUUAAAAAUAUUUAGGUCCAUCUGUAUGUAGAAUCACUCAGUUAAAGGGGUGUUUCAGGUUUUUUCUUUUAGUAUGUGACUAUUUUUCAUUUUACUUCUAAAUGAGAUCUUGAAACAUCUUACUUUUUAAAUCUUCAGAAUUUCCAUCUGAAAUUAAGUACAGUAAAGAUCACAUCAUAGUUGUCCAUCAGUAGCCCAAAGAAGCAAUACUUAAGAUUAAACUCUUCCACUCACUACGUAUAUUGGGUUUCAGUAUUGUUCCCAAAUUGGUAAAUAACAAUUUUAGAUUUCAAAAAAUUCAAUAGUAAGGAUCUUUUGUUUAAAAUAUAAUAGAACCAAUGAACAAGCAGUUGAUUAAUCAUUGUCUUCUAUUAAAGAAUAAAAACAACUGUCAUGGACCUAUUAUAAAUAUUUUUCCAGGUAGCAUCUCUCUGUGACAUGGAUCAUUUUCUGAAUUCUGUUUUUUUUCCUGUAGCAUACCCUGUACAACUUGAAUAAGUUUGACAUAUUUUAGUGUAGAAAAUGCAUAUUAAAACAUGAUUUCCAGGUGAGAAAAUGAUAAGUAUACAUGUUACUAGCACUUUUGUGUUCUGUAUUGCUGUGAUCAGUAGUUGUAUAAGCAUUUAUAGUAGAAGAACAUGUUUUACAAGGAAAAUUCAUUAUACUAUUUUGUACAUUGUUUGCUUCCUGAAUAUUUUCCAUAUAAUUACACUGCUGUGAAUAUUAUGAAUUUUCCCUGGACAUAGGUAAGUUUUCCCUGGACAUAGGUAAGUUUAGUAUAUUCUUUUUACAUCUCAAUUUUUAUAUCAUGGUCAUGUACAGCCAGCAUAUAUUUGCUUCGCUAGACUUUAAGCCUUAAUCUCCUGCAUAUACUAACAUUUAACCUGAUCAGGAACUGAGUAAAACCAGUUUCCCUGAAAAAUAUGCCUAGUUCUAAUUGAUUUUCAAGCAGUUAUUAUAUACUAUGACAUUUCUGGUGCCUUGGAAUCUUACAUAACUGUACGUUCAUCAAAUGUUUUAACAUGGAUAUGGCUCAUAAUUAAUCAUUUACUGAAUGCUUUCUGUUAGAUAUUGGUGUGCUUGCAGUAGGUGCCUUUAAAUACUUUUAGCAUUGGCUGUGCAGUACUUCUAUUAUUGGAAGCAUUUGUGCUGCUUUGCAGUAGAUCAUACAUGUUGUAAUUUUCAAUAUAUGAAUUAACAGUUCAGUGAAUUUGGUUUCUCUGACUAGAUAAAUCCAGUUAAGUCUUUUUGUUCCAGCAGUGGGACAAAAGUAGAUUUUUAUUGAGAUCAAAGGGGUUGUUCCUUCUCUUGAUUUCAUUGGGAAGCUAUUCUGUUAGUGAAAAGAAAUGCACUGCAUUUCACCAA